AUGACACCGUCAUCCCCCGAGCUUGCCACCCUCCGAUUCGGCUCCCAGGCCGGCAUCAUCCGCCUCUCCGACGACCUCCGCCGCCGCAUCCUAUCCUUCCACGCUCUCCUUCUUCAACACCAAGUCUUGAAAGGAACUGAUUUUUUCGGGCGUCAUUUAAUGUGGGGAAACACGGCUGAGUACACGUGCAUAAAAUCUUAUUUUAAAGAAGGGUUACAAGCCUUUAAUUUUACCCUCACGCAAGAAAAUUUUCCCCACCCCUCGCCUAUAAAUCCUCUCGACGUCCAUUCCACCCGGCGCCCCGUCUGCAAGAAACCACGCAGCCGCGCGACACCGCAUGACAAGGUCGGCCGUCACUCGCGAGUCCCCGUGUGA